AGGAGGAGGCGUCUGGACAGUGCAGCCCCGCGGGCCGCGCCAGCCCCAGACAGAGCCUCGCGGCAGCCGCAGCAACAGGCGGCGGGGCCCGGCUCGUGGGGCAGAGGCGGCGGUGGGGCGGGGAGCUCCAGGAGGAGCGACUCCGGGCCAGCCGCCGCCAGAAGGAUUGGAGAGCGCCGCCGCCUCCCGCGCUCGGCCGCCGCAGCCCUCCACCCGCUACCGCGCCCACCCUGCGCUGGACCCCGCGGGCGGCGACGCGCGCAUCCUGCAGAGCCCCGGCCACGCCGAGCUGCCGCCAGACAUGACCGUGGUGCCCGGGGACCACCUGCUGGAGCCAGAGGCGGCGGGAGGCGGCGGCGGGGACCCGCCUCAGGGAGGCUGUGGCAGUGGCGGUGGAGGCGGCUGCGACCGCUACGAGCCACUGCCGCCCGCGCUGCCCGCCGCGGGCGAGCAGGAAUGCUGCGGGGAGCGUGUGGUCAUCAACAUCUCCGGGCUGCGCUUCGAGACGCAGCUCAAGACCCUCUGCCAGUUCCCCGAGACGCUGCUGGGCGACCCCAAGCGGCGCAUGCGGUACUUCGACCCGCUCCGCAAUGAGUACUUCUUCGACCGCAACCGACCCAGCUUCGACGCCAUCCUCUACUACUACCAGUCCGGGGGCCGCAUCCGCCGGCCGGUCAACGUGCCCAUCGACAUCUUCUCCGAAGAGAUCCGCUUCUACCAGCUGGGUGAGGAGGCCAUGGAAAAGUUCCGUGAGGAUGAGGGCUUCCUGCGGGAGGAGGAGCGACCCCUGCCCCGCCGUGACUUCCAGCGCCAGGUGUGGCUGCUCUUCGAAUACCCCGAGAGCUCCGGGCCGGCCCGGGGCAUUGCCAUCGUGUCAGUGCUGGUCAUUCUCAUCUCCAUUGUCAUCUUCUGCUUGGAGACGCUACCCGAGUUUCGCGAUGAGAAAGACUAUCCCUCCUCCCCGUCGCAGGACGUGUUUGAGGCUGCCAACAACAGUACGGGGACCCCGUCUGGAGCCUCCAGCUUCUCAGACCCCUUCUUCGUGGUGGAGACCCUGUGCAUUAUCUGGUUCUCCUUUGAGCUGCUGGUACGGUUCUUUGCUUGCCCCAGUAAAGCCACCUUCUCCAGAAAUAUCAUGAACCUGAUAGACAUUGUGGCCAUCAUCCCUUAUUUUAUCACUCUGGGCACCGAGCUGGCUGAGCGACAGGGUAAUGGGCAGCAGGCCAUGUCGCUGGCCAUCCUGAGGGUCAUCCGCCUAGUGAGGGUCUUCCGCAUCUUCAAGCUCUCCCGCCAUUCUAAGGGGCUGCAGAUCCUGGGACAGACACUGAAGGCUUCCAUGCGGGAGCUGGGGCUUCUCAUCUUCUUCCUCUUUAUCGGGGUCAUCCUUUUCUCCAGUGCAGUCUACUUUGCUGAGGCAGACGACCCUUCUUCAGGUUUUAACAGUAUCCCGGAUGCCUUCUGGUGGGCAGUGGUAACCAUGACAACCGUUGGUUAUGGUGAUAUGCACCCAGUGACCAUAGGAGGCAAGAUUGUGGGCUCUCUUUGUGCCAUCGCAGGGGUCUUGACCAUUGCAUUGCCGGUUCCUGUGAUUGUUUCCAACUUCAACUACUUCUACCACCGGGAGACAGAAGGGGAAGAGCAAGCCCAGUACAUGCACGUGGGAAGUUGCCAGCACCUCUCCUCUUCAGCCGAGGAGCUCCGAAAAGCCCGGAGUAACUCCACUCUGAGUAAGUCGGAGUAUAUGGUGAUCGAAGAGGGGGGUGUGAACCACAGCGCCUUCCCACAGACCCCUUUCAAAACGGGCAACUCCACUGCCACUUGCACCACGAACAAUAAUCCCAACUCCUGUGUCAACAUCAAAAAGAUAUUCACUGAUGUCUAAUAUAUGAUACGAUUGCCAUUCCGUGCCCAGUAUUGUGUGGAACAAUGCCCCCUUGGUCUGUGUAUGCCCUUUAUUUAUACAUUUCCAGACCAUUCAUCAAGGAACGUACAUGAAGAAGUGGAAAAGCACACUUCAUUCUCCUCUCCCUACUGCUUCAUACUGAAACAGGUGCCUGUUUUUGCAAGUGGGCUGCAUUCUCUCAGCUCUUUUUUUCUUUCUCCCUGCCUCUUAAUUUUGUGACCAACAAACUUACAUUAAGCUUGGUUUCUUGUGCUAGCCCUAAAGCUACAUCCUGAGAGGAAAUGAAACUAUAGAGUCAGAGUAACUGUUUAACCUCAAAAUCAAAAGAUAGUUGUUUCUUUACUAAGUAAAGGAGGUGGAACCUAAAUGAAGCUCCUGUUUGGUGGACUUUUCAGUGUUAUUUCUGGACUAGUUGGUGUAACUACCUAACCUCUGGAUAUGUGGGUUGAAGGUCUAACUAGAGCGUUGACGUGUAAGCCCCACUAUAAAUAUAUUUUGUUUUUGACUGGUCUUUCAGUUUGAAUCUCUCCUCUAAGAAUUUCAGGUUCACCAUAACUGUGAACCAAAAGGGAAAUGCCCUAAAUGUCCAGAUCUAACCAUAAACUCUUCGAAGUUUGCAAAGUAUUUUGAAAACAUUAGACACAGAUUCCAAUGAAGUUGUGAGUUCAUGCCCCAGCCAAUAUCUAUGAAAGUCUAGAAACUCAUUUUCAGUGCUGCCUGGAGAAAAAACAGAAAUUCCUGAUGCAUCCGAGAGAUCAGCUUCUGCAGUAUCACAGGAAGAUUAAAGUGGCAGACACCCCUUCCAGCGGAAGUUACUAAUUCGGACCUGACUGAUGCAGUUCCCAUAGCAACCCGUGUUUCCUGGGAAACCCGAAAAAGGUUGUCAUGGCAUCUUUUGCUCUCUAGCCCCACCCCCACCACAGGCCCUGCCGUUUCUACAGUAACCUUUCCAGAUGGUUCCUACUUACAUGAUUUCAUAAGGAAAAAAAAAAAAACUAUUUGAACAAACCGCACAAAUUAAGUGUAAGACUAUAUAGAGGUGAAAUGAAUCACAAAAAUGCUUUUUUACAUUUUAUAUAAAUCAUUGAUGUUACCCCAUAAUGACUGGAUCAAAAAAGAAAGUAUCAUCUUUGGAAUGUUACAUGUAAGGCAUGAUCUGAGUUAAAUGUCAGUUAUUUGGUAACAAUUUUUAAAGAUGCUUCUGUACAGUUCUUUCACUAAGAAAUGGCAAGCCAACAGAUAAAAUGAAAACAGCAAUAUAAACGUGGUCUGUACAUAAGCCAGUGAGAGUCAGUGUAUCCGAAGUCUUACUACAAGAUACCUUCAGAUUUCCUCAAUUAAAAAGAAAAAAAAGACAAAGAAAGGCAUCCAGAUCCCACAACAGGACUGUCACCAUCACCGCACUGGAAAAGCAAAGUCAACCUCAAAUGUAUGAGAGAAUGCGCAGUUUAAUGAGUGGAUUACAGUCAGUGAAAAGGAGGAUCAGGACAUGAUCAGACUUGAAAGAACACCUGCGAAUUUCAGCCACAUGCUGAGAGCUGCCCACAGACAGACAGAAUCAGGUCCCUCAAGAUCCCCACAUAAGGAACGGCAGCGUGACCCUGAUCAGAAGGAUGCUCAGCUUCAGGCUGCUUGGAUGGGAGUGCAAUGGCAGUUACAUAUUUCUAUCUCUGUUAAUAUUCAGAGAUACAUCUCCAACCGAUGCUUCAUAUGAAGGAAAGAACUCAGAGCUGGAUGGUUCUCUUCAUAUUAUGAGUGGUACAAAUGAAAUUGAGCAGGGGAUAAAGAGGAACAUUAAAAAUUAAAAAAAAAUAAAUGUUAAGGUAUCAUGUCAACCUGUAGACAUUCUAGUUGAUCAAAUCGUCCAAAAACAAUAAUCGGUGUCACAGAUAAAGAUAGCCUAGUGUGUGUUUCUAGCAAGCCAACUAUUGUUGUAUUAUUUUUUCAUUGAAAUACUGGACUGUAUUUAAUUGUGGAAUAUGUUUCUAUAGUCUAUGUUCUAGAUUAUGUUUAACUUUAUCUGUGAGGGUGUGAAUAUACCAAAGGCUUCCAUUGGUAGAUUAGCCCAUUCACACAAAUAAGUGAAUUCAACACUGUGCCCAGAUGAAUGGUAUUAAAAACAGACUUGCCUAAAAGAAAUGUGCCUUGCUUGAUGAAACAUUCUUUUAUUUUUUAAUUCAAAAUGAUAGAUUUACAAUUUAGAUUUUACAUAGGUUUUAGUUGACCUUAAUUUUACAAGAAUAUAUUAGUACUUAUAUUAUGUUUAAGUUGUCUGUGUUACCUAAAUUUUAAUAUUUAGUUAUAUCUAGACAGUUCCUAUAUAUUAAAUUCUAUUUUAUUUCCACAGGAUGUUUGGUAUGGUGAGACAAAGUACAUUCUUAAAGAUAUAUAUACUAUCUCAUUUGAUGUUUAUAACUUUUCCUUCAAAAUUAUAUGUGUAAAAGAUUCUUUGACUCAUUUUCUAUUUUUAUAUUCUUUUAGAAAUGGAACUCUUUUCAGUGUAAAAAAAAAAAAGGCAAAUUUUUAGUUGGAAAAGAGACUUGGGAAGUCGUGAAGAUGGCUUUCCAUUUGGGAACAUUUAACUUUUGUGCCAUUAUUGUAUUUACUGUGACAUCUCAGCAGAAUGGUAGCUCUUUGUAUAUUAUUUCAUAAGCCUUAUGGAAAGUCAAACUGUGAAAUUUAAUAUGUACACUACUUUACUUGUUUCCAUAGUUUAUUAUCAAAAUAUUCCUGAAUACAUGAAUGAAAAGUAAUGAGUGCUUUUAGAAUACUAACCACUCAUUAUAAAAAUAUGUCACUAUAAAAAUAUGUUAGUCUCAAGGCCAGGAUUAUAAGUUUUAUGAUGACCUACAAAAAAUACAAUGAUGAAUUUCAUUAUCUAUGACUCUUAACUAAACACCCAUUCAUACAGUAACUCCCAAAUCGGCAGAAAUAUAAUCCAGGUAACUUUCUUUGAGGCAAUGUCUAAAAUGAAUUUUUAAUAAUCUCCUGGUAAUUUCUUCAUAGUCAAAACUUGGAGGCCAUAUCACUAUAGUUUUCAUGAAGAUAAAUGGAUUAAAACUAUCUUUGAUUUGAAUGACAUGAACCUCCAGUCGAGAUGCAUUAAUCUAUUAAACAGAUUAAUCUAUUUAUAAAUUAAUCUAUUAAAAUGAGAAUAUAACCACCACCUUGUUUUUGUUAGUGCUCACUCACAUAGUAGAGUGGAGAAUAGUAGGCCCUUAGAAAUCAUCUGGCUCCUCAUAAUGAUGGUCACAGCCUGGUUGGCAGUAAAGUAAUCCUGGUAGAUGGAAAAAAACAGAGGUUCUUAAACUUUCAAAUUUUUUUGUAAGGAUCAGUAGGUGUUGCAAAGUUACGCAAGAACUACCUUCAUACAAUGACAAAACAUUAAGCAAUGUAAUAUAUGUAAUAGUAGAUCUGUUUUAUGAUUACAUAGUUUUAAAUAAAGGUAAAACCCUGAACUUUUACCCACAUACACCAAAGAAAAGCACAGAACAGUAUCUGAUUAUAACAUACCAAAACAUUCACACAAGGAGUAGUACAAAAUAGCAUGUGCAUAGGUUACAGGAUCCUGGCAUUCUUACCCACUACCUACCUCUGGGACCCCAGAUAAGUCAUUACCAUUGCUAGGCUUUAGUUUCUUGGAUUGCAGAGUAUGUGCACCAGUUUCAGCAAACUCAAAAGCCCUUUCCAGUUACCAAAUCCUAUUAUACAUAUUUCUUUUAAAAAUGCUUUGAAGAAUACUUACAUAGAAAGAUUUUUGAUACAUUUCUAAGGAAUAAAUUGAAAUAAGAUUUAAGCCUUGAAAGUGUAUGAAUAUGUUCCAUUCUUCAAAUUGUGAGAAGAGGAAAUAGGAUUCCUUCUCUUCUAAGAUCUUUCACUUGGCUGUAAUAGGAUCAUGAAAAAAAGGAAGCUGAGGAUCCCUCUGCAGAAGGGAAGCAGAUUAAUUAAAUGGCUAACGAGGUGGGGCAGAUAUUGGUGACAUUAAUUGGAUGUUAAGGUGAUUUGCAAAGUGUGCAUCAAAUGCUGAAAUGGUUCCAGAACUUAAUUGCACAUCGUGGAACUAAAAGUAGGAAGGGUGGGGAAAGACCAGAGAACGGAAGUGUUUCCCUUAUGGUCUCUUGAUUCUUUUUACACAUGGGAACUUAGGCAGGGAUCUGCACUGCAGCACUGUAUCUGUCUGCCAAUCACUCCUUUGUCCCUAGAAAGUCCCUUUAACUUCGCAGAACUCCCAUUUCUUAAUCUUUAAAGGGAACACUUUAAAUUAGAAUUUUAUAGUCUGCAUCUUUCUUUUCAUCUUUUAAUAUUCUGUGGCAUUUCAGAUUCUAAAAUACAGCCAUGCAGACAUAUAUGUGUUGAUCCCUCCAUCAGUCAGGAGGUUACCACAUAACUGAAUCGAUUACAAAGUUAUUUCUUUUUCUAACAUUUUUGUAACAUAUGUUGCUAUUUAACCUCAACAAGACCUAAAAUACUUCAACCUCAUUUUCAUUCUGAUAUGGAUGAAAUUAUUAAAAUUUGCCAUUUUAUCUUUUUAAUUUCUUUUUUAUUGGAUGUUUUAUUUAUUUACAUUUUAAAUGUUAUCCCCUUUCCUGAUGAUCCCCCCUCCAGAAACCCACAUCCCAUCUCCCCUCCUCCUGCUUCUAUGAGGGUGUUCCGCCACCCUCCCACCCACUACUGCCUUCCCGCCCUCGCAUUCCCCUACGCUGAGGCAUCGAGCCUUCACGGGACCAAGGACCCCUUCUUCCAUUGAUACCCGACAAGGCUAUCCCUCCAGCCAUUUUAUCUUUUAAUGCUGAGUUCAUCCAACAAAUAAAUGUCUUAUCAAAUUACUCUGCACACUUUUUGUAAUUCAAUUAUCAUAUUGUAUGUACCAAUGAACUAUAGCUGACUGUUAGGGAACAAUUCUGCCACAUUUAAAAGUUAAUGCCCUUUUGGUCAAAGAAGCUGUAACUAUAAUACAAAAGAAUAUUCAUACGAUUUUGUGAAUUUUUUUAAUACAAAGGCAGCUUGAUAAAGCUGUACUGUAAUUAGUCUUGCUCAGGAGUGAGGAAAACCUUCAGGGAUAGCCCAAACACUUCUGUUUGGCGUUAGUGGACAAAUGGAGAAAGAAGGGUUGUAUCUUUUGCACAACAAGGAUAACAGGUGAUGAUACCCAUGAAAAUGGAAGUAUUUUUUGGUGGCUGGUUUUAAUAUAGGAAGACAUAGGUUAGAAGAAUGCCAGAAUUCAGACACUAGAAAAAUUAUUAAAGUGGUAGCAAUCCAUUGAGUAACACAGAAAUAUUUUGUCAUACUGAGAUUAUUUGUCCAGAAAUUUAGUCUCAUAUCCCUUCCAUUCAGAAAGGGGCCAAGUUUCAAAAUGCCUCUGUCAUAAUAGGAAAUGUAUAUUUUUGACUAGUGGAGCAAUUAGCUAAAGCAUUUAAUCUGAUAUUAUAGUUUUGUGAAUCUGAAUUUUCAUCUUAGACGUAACUUAGUCUCUUGCAUAUGUGAUAGUAUCUGUGAUCAUGAGAAAUUGUUUCAUCAAUUUUUUUGAAGUUAAAAACUGUGCUAAGUGGUGAUUCCAGCAUACUGUGUUAAUACUGUAUCUGGCAGCAUCAUUUGUGAACUGACCACACUAAGCAACCCAUAGUGUUUCUCUUCUGGUAAAUUGUUUCUGUGGUGUGAUCAUUUCGUGCUGGGGGCUGGGGUGGGGUGGGGGAGGUUAAGUAUUUAGUUUACUUAAAAUGUCAAAGUGUUUUUUAAAUGCCAUACAAUUGUGUGACAAUAAACCAAAUAGAAAAUCCUCUGUUUUCAACUGUGAGAGAACUAUGUAGACUACUUUGGGGACUACCCCAUAAAUGCUGUUAUAUGUGUUUUUAAAAAGCUUAUAUAUUAUAUAUACAUAUAGAUACCAUACAAUAUAUACUACAUACAAAGGAAAUCAAACAGUGCAUGUAGUGUUUCUUGGAGUCUACAUGUGUUUUAUUUACGAAGACUACUCAUACUUCACAAAGACCAUCAACAUAAUUCUGUAUAAAUUUCUAAAACAAUGUUCACAUGAAUAACUAAUACCAUCUAAAGUUAAGAAAUGGACCAAUCAGGGUUUUAAGGAAUCAAAUGACUUACCUUAACUCAUGUGCCCGUAGUAGCUCUAAAUGCCCUCUCUUUACACUUUUCACCCUGGCAUGUCGUGUAUACCCUAUUGCUGCCAUUUUACUUCAAACUGAAACUUUAAAAGAUGUGUUGACAUUUUCAGGUUUUAGUGGCAAGGAGUCAUUGGAGUUAUGUUAGCCCUUUUUAGAUAACAUCAAGAUUGUCUCUGCCUACAUGGAGUACCCAAAAAGUACAUAGUAAGUCCCCACACCCAAAUUGUAUACCCUCAUAUUCAUUUAAUGUCAUCAAGCUAAACUAAAAAAUGUUUCUUCAACUAUCUCUUUGACUUGCCUUUUAAAAAGCCCACUGUAGGGCUGGAGAGAUGGUGCAGUGGUUAAGAGCACUGACUGCUCUUCCAGAGGUCCUGAGUUCAAUUUCCAGCAACCACAUUGGGGCUCACAACCAUCUGUAAUGGGGUCUAGUACCCUCUUCUGAUGUGUCUGAAGACAGCGAUGGUGUACUCAGAUGCAUAAAAUAAAUAAGUAAAUCUUUUUAAAAAAAUAAUUUUAAAAAGCCCAUUGUAACAACUAAUUUCUGAACAAUCUUUUUAAAGCAACUAGAAAGCUUGCAGUCAUUCUGACUCAGAGAAAGCAACUCCCUGCCCCACAGCAAUCAUUUUAACCUCUUGUUUUUAUGAAUGGGGGAAAGGCAGAAAGGUGGGGGGGGGGGGCUAGCGAGGAAGUGUAAAAAUUUUUUUUAAAAAACUACAUUUCCAGUAACUACACAGAAAUACUGAAUGAAUUAGUCAUACCACUAUUGUUAACAUUAGCCAUAGUUCAAAUACUGGUAAGCUUUUCAACAUUUAGUGAUAUACUUAAGGAUUUUCCCAGGUUAAAUUACAAUCCAAUGACAUUCUCAAUUUUAAUAUGAAGAGCAUUUAUGUUUUAAUCCAUGUCAGAUAUUAUAUUUUUUUGUUCUCAAACAUCAAGUAGACACUAAUCUGCUUUCCCUUGUGUCAGCAAGAGUCUGUGAUGUGUUCUGUCCUUCUCUGUGCAAUGCAGUGUUACUGUGAAUAUUUAAAAGGAACAUGUGCAUAUUAUACUGGUAUUUAAUAUUUCCUGACCUUGACUUUGGUUUUCCUCAUCAAAUAGGUAAGUCAAGCAAGAAUUAUUUUGUAUAAAAUGAGGUAAUAAUUAUCCCUAAUAACAACAGGAUUCUAACCAUGAUGUAAAACCAAAUGCGCAUUUUAUAUUUUUAUAAUCAUUUUCUUUUGCCAUUUAGAUCUUCUUACCACAUCGUAAUGUAAAGUUAAAUUCUUAUACCACGUUCUCUGCUUAAUUUGAGGCCUUUUGUUGAGUAAAUAGCUAUGAGUUUGGAUUGUGUGAUAUUUUCUUAUAGUCAGCACAAGUCCAUUUGCCAUUGGACUUGACGUAUUUGUUGCAGAUGUUAUAAGCAGAAUCCAAUAAAACACCUGGAAACAUCCUGUUGCAGUAAUAAGUCCAAA